AAUAUAUUGCAUUCCAUGCAACUUCCCUUCUUUAGAGCCCUUCCUUCAGUAAGCAGAGAGGUAGAGCUCGAGAAAGACUGAUAUAAAUUGCAAUGGAAACUUGCAAAAGAUGUGAGAAGGAACUGGUAGGGGCAUUCUAUGGUGAAGCUUACUGCAGAAAAUGCCAGAAAUCCAUUUCACUACUUGGGGAUGCUCAAGGACGAGAGGGAAUAAUCACCCAAGCAGUAGGGAAUACCAGCUCCGGAAGAAGAAGAUUUGGAAGCAUCUUGAGGAAGAAGAGUUCAUCAUCUGGAAGUCCUAAAUCUCUCUCUUUCAGCUUUAGACCGAACGGUGUAUCGUUUAACAUACAAGAGGAUACGCCAUGCGGGAAGCGGGCACUUCUCUGCGGAGUGACAUAUCAGAAGGAGAAAUAUAAGCUUAGAGGAACUCUCCUGGAUGUGAAGAGCAUGAGGGAUUUACUGGUUGAACGUUUUGGCUUUCAACCUGCCUCCAUUCUUAUUCUUGCAGAGGAAGAGCCCUUCAGGGAACCAACAAGGAAAAAUAUAUUAGAAGGUUUCAAGUGGCUGAUGAGGAACUUGAGGGCAGGGGACUCAGUGGUGUUUUACUUCUCUGGACAUGGAUUGAGACAGCGGGAGCUCGAGGGCGAUGAGAUCGAUGGAUUUGAUGAGACCAUUUGUCCUCUUGACUUCAAGAGUGAAGGCAUGAUCCCAGACAACGCCAUCAAUGAUAUCAUUGUCAGACCACUCAAAGAAGGAAUCAAACUCCACGCCAUCGUCGAUGCCUGCCACAGUGGCACCAUUCUUGAUUUACCACGCAUUUACAGCCGCAAUGAAAAGAGAUGGACUAAUAACGAACCUCCAAGCCGUACUUAUAAGGGCACAAGUGGUGGAAAGGCAAUAUGCUUUAGUGCUUGUGAGGAUCAUCAAUUGGCUGCUGACACUUCUGCUUUUUCUGAAGGAAAAUAUAUGAAUGGAGCAAUGACUUACACAUUCAUAAAAGCAAUAAAGGAAAAUGUAAACAUAACGUAUAGUGGGUUGAUGCAUUACAUGCACCAGUCCAUCAAAAGUGCUAAUGUUGGAAUUGGAUGCUUGCCUUCUCUCAAUCCCUUCUACCGCAAGUUGGUUCAGGAUCCUGUUUUAUCAACAUCUCACGAUUUCGACGUCACCCAAAAGUUGAAUCUGUAGCUGUGGGUGAACAUCCCAAGAUUUCGACAUUACCCGGAAGUUGAAGUUGCAAGUGGUGCAUGCAUCAGAAAAUCAGAAAUAAUUAAAGUUGAGCAUGAAAAUGUUGCUUGAUCAAGUAAUGAAUUGCGAAUUGUGAUAUUCAUUUUGUAUACUCCUAAUAUUUGCAUUUGGUUAUGGUGACUUUGUUAGCUUAAUAAAUAAAAUGCAUCUAUAUAAGUUAUUAAGUAAAAUUCCCGCAAGACAGCAUGAUAUAUUUAUUAAUACCAUACAUGCGAAAAUGAACACUCAGUUUAUGUCCCUUUUUAUAUAAUUAAUUACACACACACAUAUUAACAACAUGCACAAUCUCACAGUGCUGC